AUGGCCACGUGGGAUGAGAGGGUCCGCUCUUGCGCGGAGCGGCUGUGUCAGCUGCCGGACUUGUCGUUUGAGGAGAUUGAGGCCACGUCAGCACAGCUGAGGCGGCUGCUGGAGGAGGGAUGUGGCGAGGAAUGCGCAAGUUCGCGGAAACCAACAGCAGAAGAUGGAGAAGCAAGAGAAGCAGGAGUGGGGGUUCCUGAGGCUCGCUCUGUCGCUUUUGAGAAUUCUCAGAAGCAACUCCAACAACGCUCUGCCGUGAAUGCCUCUGCGGAUGCUGUUGCAAAGAGGUUGGGAAACGAGGACGGAUCCGCUCGUGCUGGUGCGGAUGAGAGCGGUCGGGAGCGCGCCGUGUGGCGCGUGCUGCAGCUGCUGCUGUCGCUGCUGUCGGGCCGCCAGGUAGUGCGGGGGAUGUGGGGUGAGGAUGGGAUGGUGGGUGCGGAGGGGAGGCGGACGUCUCUUCAUUCCCCCCUCCACACCCCCCCUUUCUUCCACCAGCCAUCUCCCUCCACCCUACCUCAUGGAACAUGCAUGCCGCCCACCAUUCAGUGUGUUCUUCAACUCAUCAUGCCCCACUUGACUUCACCCAUUCUCCCUUCUCUCUCUCCCCACCCCUCGCCCCCUCCCCUUUCCACCUCCCUCGCUUCCCCCUUCCAUCUCCCCCGCUUCCCCCUUCCACCUCCGCCUCCCCCCCCCCCCUUCCCCACAUCCCUCCCCCUCCUUCCCCAGGCAUCGCUCCUCAUCGACCGCGCCUCAUGGGACAUCCUCCGCUUCCUCUCCUCGCCUCUCCCCUCCUCCCUCCCCUCCUCCCCUCCUUCCCCGCCCUCCUCCUCACCAUCCCCAGCAGACGUCUCCCCCCGCUGCUGCGUACUAGCAUGCCAGGCGGUGGGGGAGGUGGCAUCUGGGGCGGGCGACCCCCGCGAGGUGCAUGCUGCUCUCGUGGAGGGGCUGUCUGGGGCCGUCAGGCGGGCGGCACUGGGGGUGGGGGAGGGGGAUGCGCGGGGAGAGGGGGAGGGGGAAGUGGGAGGUGAGGAGGUGGAGGCGGGGGGAGAUGAGGAGGGAGGGACGAGAGGCGAGAUUUGGAGUGACUCCGUGGCGCCGUUUGGGACUCAGCUGGCCCUGCUGGCAGGGCUGCACACCAAUGAGUGCCAUACGGGGGCUGCACACCACCUUCUAGUUUUCCACCUUUCGCAUUCUCUUUCCUUUUCCUCUCAUCGCUCCCAUCUCCUUGCGUCCUUGCUUCAAGUUCACCAAUCUGCCUUCCUCACCUCUCUUACAGCCUCCCCACCAAUCUGCACCCCCUCAUCACCCCCUUCCGUCCCCCUUUCCCCUCCCUCCCAGCUCUCCCCCGCAUCCCCCGCCAGCCCCAUUGUAGCGAGCCCCAUUGUAGCGAGCGCCAUCGCUUCUUCAUUGACUUGGCGCCGCUCCUCCUGCACCUCGCCCAGCGCGCCUCUCAGCAUGCCGUGCUGCCAUCUCGUCGCCCCACACUGCUGCCCGCACUACCACCACCGCACUACGCACGCUCCUCCCUUCCCCCCUACACCUCCGCCUCGGAAGCUCCCGUCUCCACUGCUUCUCUCCCCUUGUUCUCCCCUCUCUGCCGAGCUCUUCCUUCCCCCUCCUCCUCCCAGCCCCUUCCCCUCGCGUGCCUCCACCCUUCCUGCCUCGUCCUUCCCUGCCCCACCCUCUCCCCCCAUCCCUCCCAUGAGCACACCACCACCGCACCCCACCCCUCCCAUCACACCCCCUGCCCCCACCAGCACCCCGCCCUUCCCUCCCGGCACUCGCUCCAUGAUCCCCCCAUCACCUCACACCGCUCCUCCCAUCCCACCUCCCAACCCCACCGCACCUGCUCCCACCCCUCACCCCCCUCACACCCCCACUCCUCCCUUCCCUCCCGGCACCCGCUCCAUCAUCCCGGACCUCCUUCAAGCUCCCAGCAGCAGCAGGGAGGCAGCAUGGCUGGUGUGCCACCACUGUAUGCACCUUAUUCUCACUGCAGUCACUCGCGCUAUAGUCCCACCCGUCACAACGACUGACACUGCGGCUGCACGCACUGUCCUAUCACGCACUGACCUAUCACGCACUGACCUAUCACGCACUGACCUAUCACGCACUGACCUAUCACGCACUGACCUAUCCUCUCACCCGCAAAUCUCCCCCCAGAUUCUACUGGCGGCCCAGACAGCCACGCUGCUGCUGCUCCUCUCUCUCUCCCGCUGCUCCGCCUUCCUCCUCUCCAUCCUCUCCUCCCAUCCCCCCUCCCCCUCCACUCUCCCCUCUAAACUCUCGCCCCCGUCACCUGCCUCAGACCCAGCCCCCUCCCCAGCCCCCUCCCCAGCCCCCUCCCCUGCACCCUCCCCUGCACCCUCCUCUGCACCCUCCUCUGCACCCUCCUCUGCACCCUCCCCUGCAGCCUCCCCAGCCCCCUUCCCUGCACCCUCCUCCUCGCCCUCCUCCGCUGCCCCCCUCCCCCUCAUCUCCCCUGUGGCCAGCGCCCUGGCUGCCCUCCACUGCCGCCUUGGCUCCCUGUGGCCACUCAACCCGCACCACCUUGGGGAGAGAGCAUUUGCAGACGCGCCUAGAACCAUGGGCACAAGUACAAGCACGGCCGUGGGCACUGGCAGGGGUACGGGCAACUGCAGCAGCAGUAGCAGAGCAGGCACGAGCGGUGGUAAUGCGGACAGCACAGAAGGUGGUGCUGCCAGUGCCACGGCACCCCCCCUCCUUCCCUCAGUGGACCUUCUCUCUCUCACUGUGUGUAGCUCAUCCUGCCACCUUCACGACGGUACGGCUGGUGGCCCUGCUGCCUCUGCUGCCGCAGCAGCAGCCCGUACGGACGGAGCUUUGGGCGGCAAUGCUUGGCUGGGAGCAGUGAAGGCUCUUCUGAGGCCAGAUGAUGGUGAAGAGGAAGAAGAGGAAGAGGAGGAGGAGGAGGAGGAGGAGGAGGAGGAGGAGGAGGAGGAGGAGGAGGAGGAGGAGGAGGAGGAGGAGGAGGAGGAGGAGGAGGAGGAGGAGGAGGAGGAGGAGGAGGAGGGAGAGGGUGGUAGAGCAUGCAGAGAAGAGAAGAAGAGGAGAGAAGCGGAGAGGGUGAAGAGAGAAGCAGAGUGGUUGGGUGCGGUGCAAGGGGAGGUGAGGGAAGGAGUAGCGGUGCUCCUGCUCUGGACGCUUCUCCAAGCCAGCAGCAGCAGCAGCAGCAGCAGCAACAGACGCAGCACUCUCUCUGUCGAUCGCGCCACUCUCAUCACACUGCUCCGCUUUGCUCCUUGCCUCCUUGCUGCUGGCCUCCCUACUGGCGCUGCUGGUGGUGGCAGUGAUAGGGGGAGAACAGUUGGAGUGGGAGACGCUGUGUUGAGGAGAGUAGCCGGAAUACGAUUGUCAUUCGCUAAUGAUGAGGCGCACCGAGCAUGGCCUCUCUUUUCAAUUGACUCAUCAAAAGUCAUCUUCUCUUUCCCUCCUCCCCGGCUCAUCUCCUCCUCCCCCUCCCACCGAUCCCCACCAGGUGGCUCUGCUCGUGUCAUUCGCCAAGGACGAGCCAUCCUCUCCCUGCUAGACCUUCUCCUGGACCCCUCAGCUUCAACCCUCCGUGCCACCAUCGCCACUCAUGCCCCCUCCCCCACUGCUACACAACCCGCACCACCCUUCGCCUUCCACCUGCCGGAUCAUGCAAACGCCCUCAUUGCAGCGCUCAACCUCCUGCGCUUCCUCCUCCUCAGAGAGCAGCAACCUGCCCCCACCCCCAUCCACUCUUCCUCUCCCUCGCCCUCACUUCCCUCCCCCACGUCCCUGCCCUCGCCUCUCCCCCCACCUUCACCGCCCUCCCCCACGUCCCUCCGCACCAAGCCCAGCCUGCUUCGCGCGCGCAACUGCUGGCUGCUGCCUCUGCGCUCCUCCGCCCUCACCGCGCGGGAAUCCCUCGAAUCCAGGAGACCACGGGUGGAGGGUGGAGCAGGGAAGGGUAGGGGGAUGGGGUGUGGGCACGGGAAACAUGGGCAUGGAGGGGGAAGGGAGUUGGGGACAGGCACGAGUGGGAAUGAAGAGGGGGGGAGUGGGAAUGAGGAUGAGGAGGAGGAUGAGGAGGAUGGGGAGGAGGGGGCAGAUCCCCUGGAGGAGCAAGCAUGGGUGCAGGAGUGGAUGGGAGUGGAGACGGUGCUGUCACUGGUGGCCCGAUGCUUGGAGCUUGUGGAGGCAGAUGGAGGCGUGUAG